AUGGCCAAAGUUCCAACAUUAUCUCUCAUCAUCAUCAUCCUUUUCUUAGCCAUUUCCCACCCAACAAACUCCCAACAAUUCUCUACAAAAGUCUUCAAGAGGCCAGAGCGGCUAAUUAACCUCCGCUUCUACCUACGCGAAUCCAUCCGUGGCGACGCGCCGUCGGCCUUGGUGGUGGCGCAGGCCCCCACCACCCCAACCUACCGAUACAACUUCGGCAGGUUGGUGGUCUUCGACGAUCCCCUGACGGAGGGGCCGAACCUCAGCUCGAGGGCAGUGGGCCGAGCUCAGGGGAUGUACGUGUACGCCGAUGUGGACGAUGUGGCCCAAUUAAUGGUGUACAAUUACUACUUCACCGAGGGGAGGUACAACGGCAGCACGCUAAACGUGAUGGGGCGGGAUACGCCGCUGUUGGCUGUAAGGGAGAUGUCGGUGCUCGGCGGCACCGGCCGUCUCCGGGGUGCGAGGGGGUUUGUUCGGAUUGUAGAAAUUUCGGAUGAUGUGGAAAGGGGGGUUAUUGUGGAUGAGCAUGAUGUCAAUAUAUAUUUAUAUACUAGGAGUAUAUAA